AUGGUAAAAAUACCUUUCCCUGCAGUCACAGUGUGCGACACCGAGAGAGUGUACUUGCCGAAAGCUGGAAACAUGACAGAGUUACUUCUUCUCCGUGGAUUCAACAAGACGGAGAUUAAAGACUUUUACAAAAGUUUCACCGAUAUCCAACGUAAAGGCUACAAGCCGGAACCAUCUGUGAGGAAGAUCCACGCGUUACUCGAAGACAUCGGGUACCCUUUGAAAGUGUUGCUCGAUACGUUGAAGCGGCCUUGCGAUGAAAUGAUAGCUGAGUGCACAUGGCGAUCCAGAUUACAUAACUGUUCAGACAUGUUUCGACCAGUUUUCACGAUCAAUGGCCAUUGCUGCCAGUUCGAUAUCCCAUAUUUUAGGCGUCACGCUGACACACAAACGAACUUCAUCUCAGGCCUCGAUUCCACUGAAGCACUGGAUAUCAUUGUUUACGGACAACACAAUAUUGAAGACGAUUCUGAAGGAUACGCUAUGUUGUACGUCUACGAUCCGAAAGACAAAGUGACGCUUUUAGACAGCUUCAUCAGCUUGACACCGGAGUCGUACUUUGACGUGAACAUCUAUGUGUGGGCGAUUGAUUCCUCGCCCAGUGUGAAGGCACUAUCCCUUUCCAGUAGAAAAUGUAUUUUGGAGACCUUCUUCUGUAUUUUAUUUAAGGAUAAAGGCGAGGCAGCCGGUUUCUAUGAGGGCUGCAUGACGCGGCUUAUUUUGAGGCGAGUGGUCAACGAGUGCCGAUGCUUACCUUUCGAUUAUUCUGCCAAAGAAUUGGGUGUGAAAGACUACGGAAUCUGUUCAUGGGAGCGCCUUAUUUGUAUUUAUCAAACAAUCGAACUAGUUGAGGUUGACAUAAAAGAUAUUUUAUCUCAAAGCGAAUGUUAUCAGCGGUGCGACUACGUACAGUAUGAAACUGAAGUGGAGUUUAUUAAGAACCAGCGACAUUUGAGAGUGCUGAACCAAAGCCGAAGUAGAGUCUUAGUUCAUUUCGGCCAAACGACUUGUAUGAAGUAUCGGCGAGAAGUUUUGUAUACGUGGGACCAAAUGUUGGCUAACCUCGGUGGCAUCUUCGGGCUCUGUCUCGGCGGCUCCAUCAUCAGCAUCAUAGAAAUCAUUUGGUUUCUCCUCGAACUAUUUUUUAUAAUACUCAACUCCUACUGCAAUAACGCAAUCACCCCAAAACAGGAGAAACCCAACAAGGUCUUUGUCAUCUCCCAGAAUAAGGUUUCCAAGAAUCUGCCGGUCAAUGCAAAAUAUAAGUUCGUGAACUAAAAUUAUAUAAUUCUGUUUUAUCGAUUUUACUUUCUUUA